AUAUAUAUUAUAUAUAUACAACAAGGAAUCUGAUUGUGUAGAUUCUAAGGCGAGUCGCUUUUUCGUGCUGAAUAAAAAUGGGGAAUGUUAAUGGGAGAGAAGAAGAUGGCGGUGGUGGCAACAGCCCGUCCAGAGCUGAAGAGAGUGGCGCCGCCGGCGGUGGCGGUGAGGCGCCGGAUAGUGCGCAGAUGGAUGGUGAGUUCAUGGGUCAGUCUCCACCUUCCAGCCCUAGGGCUUCUCGUUCCCCUUUGAUGUUCCGACCUCAGAUGCCAGUGGUUCCUCUACAAAGACCUGAUGAGUUGCACAUCCCAAACCCUCCAUGGAUGCAAACUGCAUCUGGAUAUGAUGACAUGUAUGAUGAGCAAAGGAUUCCUACAGUGAUAAUCUGGGGCCAUGGUGGCAAGGAAGUUUCUGUGGAGGGGUCAUGGGAUGAUUGGAAAACAAGGAAGCCUUUGCAGAGGUCAGGAAAAGAUUUCACCAUUAUGAAAGUGCUCCCUUCAGGAGUUUAUCAGUAUAGGUUUAUAGUUGAUGGACAAUGGAGGUAUUCCCCUGAUGUGGCGUGGAUCACUGAUGAAGCUGGAAAUUAUUACAAUGUCUUGGAUUUGCAGGAGUAUGUCCCGGAAGACAUUCAGAGCAUCUCUGGCUUUGAGCCGCCUCUAUCCCCCGAUUCAAGUUACAGCAACCUCCAACUUGGAGCCGAGGACUAUGCCAAGGAGCCGCCUUUAGUACCUCCUCAUCUUCAGUUAACCUUGCUUAAUGUUCCAUCGUCUCAUUCAGAAAUCCCACCUCCGUUCUCGAGGCCUCAGCACGUUGUGCUUAAUCAUCUCUACAUGCAGAGGGGUAGAAGCACCCCGUCAGUGGUUGCACUCGGUUCCACUCAUAGGUUCCUCUCCAAAUACGUCACAGUGGUGCUGUACAAGUCCAUAGAGAGAUGAGAAUCCCGAGCCUCAGCUUCAAUCUGCGAUUGUCGCCGUAUCGAUCACGUAACUAUUAGAUGUCACACUACUACUACUGGCUGGCAACAACACUGGGAAAAAAAAAAAAAGAAGCAAAAUUUGUUGAAAUUCCAUUCAGCAUUCAAAUGCCUGAUAGCGAGGUGCAUUUGCCCUUUGUGCAUUCAUGUUGCCCCUAUCCCACGCUCUAUUUCUCUGUAGAUGUGGUAUCUUGAAUGGUGGCCCUUUUUUUUUUUUUUUUUUUUUUUUUAAUAUUUCCAAGUCAAAAAUGUUGCUUUCAAGCAUAUUUAUUAAGAAAACACUUGGUCCAUGUUUGUGUCUUGAACCAUUUCCAUGGGAAUCUGAUACUAAGUUCUUACA